CGUUUUUUUUUCCGUUUUUUUUUUGCCCCGAUAGCUCUUGGCUUUCAUGUCCUAUAUUUGGAAUAUUAAGCUAGUGUGAACAACCGAAACCACAUAAAGUGGUCGUUUUCUGUCACACUGUCGCUUUCUAAAUCAAACCGUGGAACUUGCUGGCAGACGAGUUCCUAUAGUUUGGAUCUGCAAUGAUGAUUCUCUCAUCGGCAUUGAUUGCUGUAUUAUUUCUACUUCAAACAAUUAUCUCAGCAGAAAGUAUUAAAAAGAAUCCUACUGGUGACCAAAUUCCAAGCGAAGACAUUUCGAUCCCAAUUAUAGCAGUGGAUGUAAUUUCAAGAGAAAGUGAUGAGUUCUCUGAUUCCCCGACGAUAGAAGCUUAUGAGCCUCUCUACUUGGAGGAGAUCGUGCAAACUAGUCAAAAACCAAACCACGAAGAUCCUAGUCAAAAUGACGUUCUCAAUUCUCCCGAACCCAGAGGUAGCAGCGACAAAAGAGAAGAAUAUUACGACGAAUUAGCCAAAAAAGCCGAAAAUGCCUUUCCGAGCUUACGACCCCUGAAAUUCAAACCAGAUUCGAAGGAUGAGGAACAAGCUGGUGCGUCUGCUUCAGAUUUUUAUGUGCCACGACCUUCUCUUGAUAUUAAAAAUUUUUACAAACCAAAUUAUGAUGAGAUCUUCCCAACAUUCCGCAAUCUAGAUCGUUCAAAAAGAGCAAGAAAUUUCGGUUUUGACAGCAGUGCGGAAUUUACUCCUAAAAGAGGUUUUUCAAGUGGCGGCUAUGACAUGAAUGAUCCAAGAAGUUUUGAAAGAACGCCUAAAGGUUCUUCAGAUGUGGAUUCACCUUAUGUUGAUACAAAAUCUGAGUAUUAUAAGCCCUCAAAUCCGGAACCAUAUUCCAAUUCUGAGUAUUACAAAUCAUCAAAAGAAGAAGAAUACCCAAAAGAAGAUUCUUACAAAUCUUCAAAACCAGAUUCUUACAUAAAAUCGGAAUUUUAUAGAUCUACCCCGGAUUUAUAUAAGCCUGCUUAUUUCAAAUCAUCAAAUCCGAACGCUUACUCAAUGUCUGAUUAUUAUAAGUCUCCGAAUCCUGAUGCACACUUAGAGCCAAAUAAUUAUAAGGAACAAAACCCUGAUGCAUACUCUAAACCAGAUUAUUAUAAAGAACCAACUCCUGAUACAUAUUCUAAACCAGAAUAUUAUAAGUCUCCAAAUUCUGAUGUAUAUUCGAAACCUGAAUUUUACAAGUCACCUAAUCCUGAUGCAUAUUCGAAACCUGAUUUUUAUAAGGCACCUAACCCUGAUGUAUAUUCAAAUCCCAGUCAUUAUAAGGCACCGACUCCAGAAAUAUACUCGAGUUCAGAAUAUUUUAAACCAAUCAAUUCUGAUAACUUUUCGAAACCUUCUUUUCGUAAAUCAGCUUUUCCCAAUAUAGCUCCCGGACCAACGUACCACCGGACAUCAAAUUUACCACAGAAAUAUCGUAGUAGAUCCAGAAACGCUGCAUCAAAACCCCACAACUCUCCAGUAUCUAGUCGAAACACAAAAACCUCUUCGCCAGUGUCCUCGUAUCCAAAAACUUCUGUUAAAAGACCAAGAAUUGGAUCAAGAAAGCGAUACAGUACACGGCCAUCUGACGAAAUCCACGGACGACAAAAUGAUUAUUUUGAAAAUGAUUAUACUUCGAAACCUCCAACAGCUCACAAAACCGAAAAGCGUACCGUAGCACCAAUUCUAGGUUCUGAAGAAGGAAGGCUAUUUUUAGCCGGAGCUAAUUAUGGAAAACCUGUGAGAGAACAGUUUCAUGAGCAGGGAACAGAAGGCGCUCAUUCUUACAAAUUCGGCUACAAUACCGGAGAUAAAGACAAUCCAAUGGCAAGAUAUGAAGAGCGAGAUGCUGAUGGCUUAGUCAAGGGUUCCUACAGUUUCGUCGAUGCAAUGGGACAACUUAAAGUUGUAAAGUACGAAUCGCAUCCCGUCUUUGGAUUUAGAACGACAGCAUCAUAGAAAUAUUAGCUAUCAGAAGACAUUUACUAGUGAAUUUCUCUAAGUUUAGAAUUCUCCUAAGGCUCUUGGAACUACUGAAAAUACCACGGAUUGCUCAACUUUUUUGAAUACGAACCUCAAUGUUAUUUUUUAUUGCAGUUAUUCUAUUACACGAUUUAAAUUUCCCAUAUUCGAUAAAGUGAUAAGUUGAAAUGUGUUACCAAUCAAAAUUAACUAUAGUUUUGUGAGAGGAAGCUAUUAUAAAUUGAAGUAUGUUGCUAACCAAAAUGAGCCACUGUUUUUUUCAAUCAAAAUUAACUAUAGUUUUGUGAGAGAAAGUUAUUAUAAAUUGAAGUAUGUUGUUCACCAAAAUGAGCCACUGUUUUUUUCAAUCAAAAUUAACAAUAGUUUUGCGAGAGAAAGUCAUUAUAAAUCGAAGCACGUUGCUAACCAAAUUGAGCCAUUGUUUUUUUUCAAUCAAAAUUAACUAUAGUUUUGUGAGAGAAAGUUAUUAUAAAUUGAAGUAUGUUGCUAAUCAAAAUGAGUCACUGUUUUUUUUUCAAUCAAAAUUAACUAUAGUUUUGUGAGAGAAAGUUAUUAUAAAUUGAAGUAUGUUGCUAACGAAAUUGAGCCAUUGUUUUUUUCAAUCAAAAUUAACUAUAGUUUUGUGAGAGAAAGUUAUUAUAAAUUAAAGUAUGUUGCUAACCAAAAUGAGCCACUGUUUUUUUCAAUCAAAAUUAACUAUAGUUUUGAGAGAAAAGUUAUUAUGAAUUGAAAUAUGUUGCUAACCAAAAUGAGCCACUGUUUUUUUUUCAAUCAAAAUUAACUAUAGUUUUGUGAGAGAAAGUUAUUAUAAAUCGUAGUAUGUUGCUAACCAAAAUGAGCCACUGUUUUUUUCAAUCAAAAUUAACUAUAGUUUUGUGAAAGAAAGUUAUUAUAAAUUGUAGUAUGUUGCUAACCAAAAUGAGCCACUCUUUUUUUUCAAUUAAAAUUAACUACAGUUUUGUGAGAAAAAGUUAUUAUAAAUUGAAGUAUGUUGCUAACCAAAAUGAGCCACUGUUUUUUUCGGAAAAAGUUCAUUUAAGUUGAAAUAUGUAAUCAAUAAAAAUGAAGCAUAUUUUUGUCAGAGAAAGUUUAUAGAAAUUGAAAUAUGUUAUCAAUCAAUUACCAAUCAGUUCUAAUAAAAAAGCAGCCUAACAAUAACACGAAUUUGUUUUAGCAGUUCAUUAAUAUAUUAAUUUUUAACAAUUACUUAGUAGUAGACGAAUUAGCUGUUUUGAACGAUGCUCAAUAUUAGGUGUACAGACAGUAAAACUCAUCAUCGAAAUCAAUUUUUAAAAGAGGAGAAAAAACUAUUCUAUACUUCUAUAAAUAAUCUAAUAAACUGCUCAUUGGACAUUAAAAGUAAUUAAAAUCUAUGAAAACUGUUGAAGACAUUUAUACUGAAAGUACUACCAAUAGUUAUAUUUUAUCUAAAAAAAAUUAGGAAAAUUUCUUACCGACAAGUUUAAUUCUGAAACUUUGUUCUAGUUGGUUAACAAGCUAUUACUUAAUUCUUUUAUUCUAAAAUUAUUUCGUUGUUUGAAAAUUUAACCGCAAGCUGUAACUUAAAAUAUUUUUCAUACUUUUUCAUUUGGAUCUAAAUUUAUAUGUUCAUCAAAUUCUAUUAUUAUUUAGGAGAUUCUAACUGAUCGCAAGUAUGUCACAUUUAUAUUUUUGUAACAAUUCUUACAUUUCAAUCAUUGUACAUAUUUCAUUUUA